AUGGCAUCGGUGGCCGCGUGGUUGCCGUUCGCCAGAGCGGCGGCCAUCGGUUGGGUGCCCAUCGCCAACAACCCGCUGCCGGCGCCGCCGAUAUCGCGGCAGUCGCGGCGCCGGGAGGACGAGAAGUUCGUGAUCAACGUGAGCGGUCGCCGAUUCGAGACGUGGCGAAACACGGUCGAGAAGUACCCUGACACUCUCCUCGGAUCCAAUGAACGCGAAUUCUUUUUCGACGAGGAGUCCAAGGAGUACUUCUUCGACAGAGACCCCGACAUAUUCCGACACAUACUCAACUACUACCGCACCGGUAAACUCCAUUACCCCAAACACGAGUGUCUCAUGUCGUACGACGAGGAACUGGCCUUUUUCGGGAUCAUACCCGACGUGAUCGGCGACUGUUGUUAUGAGGACUAUAGGGACCGGAAGCGGGAGAACGCCGAGCGGAUGCUCGACGACCGGCUGUCCGACGGCGAGAACAAGAAGGACGCCCCGAAAGGGACGGUUAGGCAGCAGAUGUGGCGGGCGUUCGAGAACCCGCACACGAGUACGGCUGCCCUGGUCUUCUACUACGUGACCGGGUUUUUCAUAGCGGUCAGUGUCGUGGCCAAUGUGGUCGAGACAGUACCUUGCACACACAAGGAGGGCAACCCCGAGAACAAAAUCAGCUGCGGCGACACGUUCAAGGUGGCCUUUUUCUGCCUGGACACCGCCUGUGUCAUGAUUUUCUCGGCCGAGUAUAUGCUCAGACUAUACGCCGCGCCCUUCCGGUGCAAGUUCAUGCGCUCCGUCAUGUCCAUCAUCGACGUGGUGGCCAUAAUGCCCUAUUACAUCGGAUUAUUCAUCAAGGACAAUGACGACGUGUCGGGCGCCUUUGUCACCCUCCGUGUGUUCCGUGUGUUUCGUAUAUUCAAAUUCUCGCGACACUCGCAGGGCCUCCGCAUACUGGGCUACACAUUGAAGUCGUGCGCCAGUGAGCUCGGGUUCCUGGUCUUCUCCCUGGCCAUGGCUAUCAUCAUAUUCGCCACCGUUAUGUUCUACGCCGAGAAGAAUGUCGGCGGCACCACCUUCACCAGCAUUCCCGCCGCGUUCUGGUACACCAUUGUCACCAUGACCACCUUAGGGUGA